AUGAAAAGAUCGUUAGAAAUUAGGAAUCAAAAAAUUACCUUGGGAAUUUGUUAUCUCAUGAAAGGUCUUACAGCUUUCUAUUUCAACAAGCAAUACCGAAAUAUUGUGAAUGGUCAACAGAACAACAAUUUUUCUCACCUAUCUACUAAAAGUGAAGGCAUUCGUCAUAAAAUUGAAAAUGGUUAUCAAAAUAGAGUUUUAACUUAUCAGGAUCAAAUAUAA